AAAUAUGAAUAAACUGGUACUAUGAAAUUUCUUUGGAAAAAUUACGACCUAAUUUUUGUAUACAAACAACAAAUAAAAACUGAAACAAUGAGCUCCGUUAACAGGUAAAACCCGAGCAGGGACGUGCUAAGUGCUAACUAGAGUCCAAAUUUAUCCCUCAGAAUUGCUCGGAUUUGUCGAUCGUUAUAUAUAAAUACAUACAUAUAUAUAUCCCCUUUCGUCCAAUCAAGCGACAAGCACCAGCAGCCGGUUUGAUAAACCAAUGAGUUUUAGUGCGACGAAAUCAACCAUUGUUUACGAAGCCCUAGUACAUCUCAACACUCAUUAAUUUUAUCGAACUCUGUGGAUAUUCCCGUCAUCUUUACCGGUAGGUUAAUGUAUUAGGAAUUUGUUAAAAGAAAACUUGCAAAAGAAACAGAAGAAAGGGCACUUGCUGCGAUGCAAGCAAAUUAAGUACUACUUGCAUAUUGCAGAUACUAACAGCUCUGCAUAUGCGAUGCCGAGUCCAGCUACUAUCCCCCGACGCUCCUCAUCCGAUCCAGACCUCACAAUCACAAUAUCCAAAUCUGAGAUUCUCAAACAUAGGUCUAGCCGCUCCUCAGCGUCCUCUACUCGCCCUCUAAAAUUGUCUUAUUGGAAUAGUUGGAGCAACAUCAAUAAACUAGGCGACUACGUCAGCCCCAGGCGACGGGGCAACGAUUCCUCCAAUCAUUCUGAUUUAACAGAGGAGAGUCUCGAUGCACAUAAUAAGUUGCAUGGCAUAGUUUCUAAUGAGGUUCAUAUGAUCAGCGACUACAUUAGUAGAAGUGUGGAUGAAAAGAACAACAAGUGCAGUCCUUAUUACAAAGGACUCACUGAUUCAACCCUCUCUAUCAAUCGUGAAAAAAAUAUGUCUGGAGCAGAUAGUCCAGGACGUGAAAGCCUCACGACUAGCGCUUCCAGUUCUUGGUCCUCUUUGUUAGUUAAAAUGCAAGAAUUUGGUUCCAGCUUCUUCACCUUCACAAAAACUGGUAACAAGGGCCCCUCUCCUCCUGCUGCUCCAAAAUCUGUUAAACCAACUUCUUCAUCAUCGACAUACACUAAAGCAAGUGCUCCCAAUGAGAUGAAAUCGGAGGAAAAGGAGGCCGGUGAUCCUCCUGAUGCUCAAUUAUUUGAUAAGGAGAAGCCUUUGAGGGAGAGAGUGUUAGAACCGUCUGCGCCAAUAAUCUUGCUAGCUAAAACUUUUGUUGAUAAUGAUGAGAAGGAAGAGGCCAAUAUUCACAAGGUGAAUCAAAAGUUCAUAUUGGCAGACAAGUAUCGACCUAAAGCUUUAAAAGAUUUCAUCUGCAAUCGAAGUGAGGCCACUCGAUUGCAGGCUCUGGUGAAAUACGGGCCAAGUGCUCACGUUAUAUUUGAAGGACCUCCUGGCGUUGGGAAGAGAACCAUGAUCUGGGCCAUGCUUCGAGAAACUUUUGGACCCGAUAGAGUCCAGACUAGGGACAAGCGUAAGGUAUUUGACUUGAAGGGCGAAUCAAUAGGAAGAAUCGAAGUAAAUGUGAAGGAAUCUUCCAAACAUGUGGAAGUCAAUCUCUCGGAUCUAAGAGGGUACGUGAAGCAUGUAAUUGUGGAACUAAUGAAGGAAACACGAACCAAGACCUAUAAAUCUAAUAAAGCUUUGUCAUCCUACCCUGAAAAAUGUAGAGCAAUUAUUCUAAGCGAUGCAGACAAGCUAAGCACAGAUGCCCUAUUGUAUAUUAGAUGGCUGUUAGAAAGGUAUAAGGGGGACAACAAGUUUUUCUUUUGCUGCUCUGACGUCUCAAAGCUUCAGCCAGUUAGGUCACUUUGCACUCUCAUUCAGCUACUUCCGCCUUCAAAACAAGAGAUUGUUGAAGUUCUGGAAUUUAUAGCUAAGCAAGAAGGCUUAUAUUUGCCACGUAAGUUCGCCGAAGAGAUAGCGAACAGCUCCAAGAAUAAUCUGCGUCAAGCCAUUCGUUCAUUCGAAGCCUGCUGGCACUCAAGUUAUCCUUUCAAGCAAGACCAAGUAAUUUUAACCGGAUGGGAAGAAGACAUUGCAAAUAUUGCAAGGAACAUAAUCGAGGAGCAAAGUCCAAAACAACUAUAUAUAAUACGCGGAAAGCUUCAAAUUCUCAUAGAGCAUGAUGUAUCUCCAGACUUCAUAUUCAUGUCUCUGUUUGAAGAAGUGAAAAAGCAUUUGCAAGAGAACCUGCAUCCUCAAGUUUGUUGUUUAUAUGAUGAAUACAAUGUACGAACGCCAAUAUCCACCUUUUCUUAAUAUUUCCUCACAUCUUAUUUCCAAUAUGUUAGGAGCUAAUUUCUUAUAUUAAUUAAGAGGUGUGGUGAAAGCAUGAUUGGGUGUGAGGAUGAAAUGGGAACAAAGGUUAUCGAUUCAGUGAAAAAGAACAUGAGGAUUUUCUCAAGAAUCGAAGGUAUGUAAAAUAAAGGGACAUGCAUUUGUUUAAUACUGUACGACAAAGAUUGUUCAAUUCUUAAACUUUUAAGUUUGACAUUGGCAUGAUGGACAAGAAAACAGUCUCAAUUUCAUUCUCUAGUAAUUAAAG